UGGCUGCGGAGCGCAGCCCCCGGCCUGGGCUAUUUUUAGCCCCCGCGGACCACCCCCGCUCCGGGCCGCGAGGGUUCGUCGCCCCUCCUCCAGCCCCGGAGGACCUCGCGCACCCCGGCGUCCAGAGCUGCCGCGCCCUCCAUCUGUGCCCUGCGGGGACGUGGCAGCACCGGGGUCCUCUGGGCGGCCCGCCCCCGGCCGUGACUCGGUUUCCCCAAGGGUUCCGGGGAGGCCGGGCUGUCCUGCUCCCCGCUUCGCCUUUCCCGGCCUGGGCACGGCCCCGGACCCAGCACGCCCGCCCGCGGCGACCCCAGCGCGUCACACCGGUCAUCGUCUCCAGGUGUGCCUGAGCCAGCGCCCGCUUUCCCCACCAGCAGCCUCGGCCCGAUGGGGUGCUGACCCGCCCCUCCCCGCUGUGGCGCCAUGUGGCCCAACGGCACUUCUCCGGGGCCCUGUUUCCGGCCAACCAACAUCACCCUGGAAGAGCGGCGCCUGAUUGCCUCUCCCUGGUUCGCCGCCUCCUUCUGCCUGGUGGGCCUGGCGUCCAACCUGCUGGCGCUGAGCGUGCUGGCAGGGGCGCGGCAGGGCAGCUCGUACGCGCGCUCCUCCUUCCUCACCUUCCUCUGCGGCCUGGUGCUCACCGACUUCAUGGGGCUGCUGGUCACCGGCGUGAUCGUGGUGUCCCAGCACGCCAUCCUCUUCGACUGGCGCGCCGUGGACCCCAGCUGCCGCCUCUGCCAGUUCAUGGGCGUCGUCAUGGUCUUUUUCGGCCUCUGCCCUCUGCUGCUGGGGGCUGCCAUGGCCUCGGAGCGCUACCUGGGCAUCACCCGGCCCUUCUCACGCCCCGCGGUGGCCUCGCAGCGCCGGGCCUGGGCCACGGUGGGGCUGGUGUGGGCGUCGGCGCUGGCGCUGGGCCUGCUGCCCCUGCUGGGUGUGGGCCGCUACACCGUGCAGUACCCCGGCUCCUGGUGCUUCCUCACGCUCGGCGCCCAGCCGGGGGACGUGGCCUUCGGCCUGCUCUUCACGCUCCUCGGCAGCCUUUCGGUGGGGCUGUCCUUCCUGCUCAACACGAUCAGCGUGGCCACUCUCUGCCAUGUCUACCACGGGCAGGAGGCCGCCCAGCAGCGCCCGCGGGACUGCGAGGUCGAGAUGAUGGCUCAGCUCAUGGGCAUCAUGGUGGUGGCCAGCAUCUGCUGGAUGCCGCUGCUGGUCUUCAUCGCCCAGACGGUGCUGCGCAGCCCGCCCGCCAUGAGCCCGACGGGGCAGCUGUCCCGAGCCGCCGAGCAGCAGCUGCUCAUUUACCUGCGCGUGGCCACCUGGAACCAGAUCCUCGACCCCUGGGUGUACAUCCUGUUUCGCCGGGCGGUGAUCCGGCGCCUGCACCCUCGCCUCAGCGCCCGGCCCAGGUCGCUGUCCCUGCAGCCGCAGCUCACCCAGAGGCGCACGGUGCAAUAGAGCCCGAGGGGGCAGCCGGCUCGUCCUCCCGAGACCUCCGUCCUCCCUGCGGUCACAGCUGCCUGUCCCGGAAUUCCAGGAGCCGGGAGUAUCAGAAGGACCGAGCCUUUGAAUGGCAGGAUUGGGGGCUGUCCUCCAUCAGCCUUGGGGACUCCCUAACUCUUCCCGGAUCCCUCUUCCCAUCCCCAUCCCCGCCCCCGCCCCAGGAAGGGGGGGCAGGCAUGUUAGGGUGUGUCUGAGGAAAUGAGACUUGCAAGCCUCCCCUUCCAGAAAUCCUCUGGGAAUGGGGGACUCUGACCCCCUGACUGUGACCCGCUUCCUGGGGUACAGUUGAUCCCCUUGGACACCCCAACCCGAGAAGGCUCUGCUUAGGAAAUAUUGAAUGUGCACAGGCUAGACACCCCCUCUCUUGCCGAAAAAUACCUUGGCCCCCCAGCUUUGCUCUCCUUUGGGUCUGGAAGUCACCCAUCUUUAAAGUUCGCGCAUCAGAUCGCUGUUCCAGCGAGAGCCCAAAGCACCCAGGCGGAGCUGGGGAGGAGGGGCGGGGCGGAGGGGAACCUGUUUUGUUCGCUCAACACUGCAGACUCCCAGGGCCUCGAGCAAACCACACCCGGCCCAUAGUAGGUGCUCAAUAAACAUCUGUUGAAGGCA